AUGGCCUCUUCCGCCGCCACCGCCGAGAAGGUCGCCGAGGCUCCCAAGCCCAUCUACCUCAAGGACUACACAGCCCCGGACUACAGGUUCGCCAAGGUGGUCCUCGAUUUCGAGCUCGGCGAGGAGGUCACCGUCGUGGGAAACACCAUCUCGGUCGAGCCCACGUUCGCGGCGGGCGGAGACCCGCGGCCGCUGUUCCUCAACGGGGAUCCGACCGUGGAGCUCGCCGGCGUGGAAGUCAACGGUACCGCUCUCGACGCGUCCGCGUACGUCCUCACCAAAAAGGGGCUCACCAUCACUGCGCCGCCCGCCGCACCCUUCGAGCUCAAGAUCACCACCAAGAUCAAGCCCCAGGAGAACACCGAGCUGGAGGGACUCUACAAGUCCUCCGGCAACUUCUGCACGCAGUGCGAGGCGGAGGGAUUCCGCCGGAUCACGUUCUACCAGGACAGGCCCGACGUCAUGUCCGAGUUCACCACCAGGAUCACCGCGGACAAGGCCAAGUACCCCGUGCUCCUCUCCAACGGCAACCUGGUAGACUCCGGCGACCUCGACGGCGGCAAGCACUUCACCGUCUGGGAGGACCCCUUCCCAAAGCCCGCCUACCUCUUCGCCUUGGUCGCCGGUGACCUGGGCAUGAUCGAGGAUAAGUUCACCACCAAGUCCGGGCGCGAGGUUGCGCUUCGCAUCUACGUCGAGGAGCACAACCUCGAUAAAGCGGACUGGGCCAUGGUGUCUCUCAUUAAGAGCAUGAAGUGGGAUGAAGACGUGUUCGGACUGGAGUACGACCUGGACCUGUUCAACAUCGUCGCCGUGGACGACUUCAACAUGGGCGCGAUGGAAAACAAGUCGCUGAACAUCUUCAACAGCAGGCUGGUGCUGGCGACUCCGCAGACGGCGACGGACAUGGACUACAGCGCGAUCGAGGGGGUCGUCGCUCACGAGUACUUUCACAACUGGACCGGCAACCGCGUCACCUGCCGCGACUGGUUCCAGCUGUCCCUGAAGGAGGGCCUGACCGUGUACCGCGACCAGGAAUUCAGCGCAGACAUGAACAGCCGCGGCGUGAAGCGCAUCGGCGACGUUGCCAGGCUCCGCAUGGCGCAGUUUCCCCAGGACGCCGGGCCGAUGGCGCACCCCAUCCGACCGGAAUCCUACAUCAAGAUGGAUAACUUCUACACCGUCACGGUGUACGAAAAGGGAGCCGAGGUCGUCCGCAUGUACGAGACCCUGCUCGGUAAGGACGGAUUCAGGAAGGGAAUGGACCUCUACUUCGAGAGGCACGACGGACAGGCGGUCACCUGCGACGAUUUCCUCGCCGCGAUGGCCGACGCUAACGGCGCCGACCUGACAGCCUUCAAGCCCUGGUACUCCCAGGCUGGCACGCCCAAGCUCGACGUGACCACCGAGUACGACGCGGCGGCCAAAACGUUCACCAUGACCUGCACGCAGUCCACGCCGACGACCCCGGGUCAGAGCGACAAGAAGCCGGUGCUCAUGCCCAUCGCGGUCGGCCUCCUCGCGAGCGACGGGAGCGACAUGGAGCUCACCCUCGAGGGCGAAGCCGGGGCAGCCGGCGAGACCACCAAGGUUCUCAGGUUCUCCGAGGCGUCUCAAACUUUCGUGUUCACCGACGUCGCGGAAAAGCCGGUGCCGUCGAUCCUCCGCAACUUCAGCGCGCCCGUCAGGCUCAGCACCGACCUCACCCAGGAGGAUCUCAUCUUCCUCAUGGCCAACGACUCGGAUCAGUUCAACCGCUGGGAAGCCGGCCAGACCCUCACCCGCGCGCUCCUCCUCGACCUCGUGGAAAAGGCGGGUAAGGGCGAGGAGCUCGUCAUGGACCAGGCGAUCGUCGACGCCAUGCGCAACAUCGUCAAUCUCGCCAAGGAGAAGGGCGCCGACAAGGCGUUCAUCGCGCGCGCCAUGGCUCUGCCCUCGGAAGGGGAGCUCUCCGAGAUGGUCGUCCCCGCCGACCCCGACGUCAUCCACGCGGCUCGCGAUUUCGUCGUCAAGACCCUCGCCAAGGAGCUCAAGGAGGAGCUCCUGUGGACGAUGAGGGACAACACGUCGGAAAAGUACGAGCGCGACGGCGAGUCCCGCGCGGCGAGGACCCUCAAGAACACGUGCCUCGCGCUCCUCUCCUACCUGGAGGACCCGGAGAUUGACGCCGAGGCGUUUCGCAGGUUCAAGACGGCCGAUAACAUGACCGAUCAGAUAAGCGCGCUGAGCGCGCUGAGCGGUCGCGCCGACUGCGUGGAGCGCGAGGAGGCGAUCGACGCGUUCUACGAGCAGUGGAAACACGACCCGCUCAUCAUGAACAAGUGGCUCGGACUCCAGGCGGGCGCUUCGCUCCCAAACAACGUGGAGAACGUCAAGCGACUGGUGGAUCACCCGGCGUUCGACAUCAAAAACCCCAACAAGGUGUACUCGCUCGUCGGCGGGUUCGUCGGAGGCACGCCCAUUAACUUUCACGCCGCGGACGGCAGCGGAUACGAGUUCCUGGGCGACAUCGUGCUCAAGAUUGACAAGCUCAACGGCGGCGUCGCGGCGAGGAUGGUGGGCGGUUUCACCCGCUGGCGCAAGUACGACGAGAAGAGGCAGGAGAUGAUGAAGGCGCAGCUGGAGAGGAUCGUGAAGACGGAGGGGCUCAGCGAGAACGUGUUCGAGAUUGUGAGCAAGUCCCUGGAGUGA